AUGUGCAUGACGAGAGAAACGUGCAACAUGUCGCUCGAGGUGAAAUGCGUAUAUAUGGUUUAUGUGAUGGGAGAGAAAGGAAGAGAUUUGCCAAAAAGGCAAACGAUGAGCCAGGAGGAAGAGGAGGUAGAAAAUCGGCAGACUUUUGAUGCCGGUUGUUGUGCUGCUGAUAAUGUUGCUGUUAAUGGUGCUGUCUUGCGCUUGCUAAAGAAUUUCAGAGCUCGUGAAAUCCAAGUUGGGCUUUCGGGCUCGCACGGAUCACUGGUGCUGCUGUUGCUGUCACUGGUGUUGUUACUGCUCGUGUCUAGAGAAGGGGCCAUUUGGACGGUAGUACCUGCAGGUGCUGAUUUCCGCUUAGAAGUACGAUUCUUUUUUGUGAAUGCAAUUCUGGCCUUAUUGAAUGACCCUGGUGCACUCGACUGUCUACGCGGAGCUUGUGGGACUUGUACAGGACGUCUGUGGUCUGUAGCGCUCGAGCGCCUGGAAGGUGCGGGUGUGGAACCAUCGGCAGAGAUGUCGAGAAGAGAUGAAUUUGGCGAAUUGGUUGUGGAGGGACGAUGGCUCUGUUCUGCAGUUGGCAGAAAUAGUGAAUCGUUGUGGUAUGGGAAGGGGAGUAACCGAGGAGAUUGCAUGACAGCAUCCAUACUAGAUGGUCUGCGCUCACGACGGCGGACGGGAAUAUGUGAUGUUGAGAAUUUCUCUGAUUUUGAUAAAGAAGAUGAAGAAAAGGAUGUGGAUGAUGUUGAGGUUGAUGAGGUUGAUGUAGAGACGGUAGCCAUGCCAUUGUAGUAACGUAUCAGAACAUUUGCUGGCUGCUCUGUUUCGUCUGUGACAAGCAUGAGAUUUUCUUUUGUAAGGGGCAGAGGCCGUGAUGAUGGUGCUGAAUGUGUUGCUGAAGAUGUGAAUGAAAAUGAUGUUGAGGGUGUUGACUUUAGAGUUUUAAGGCUGCGUCUGUGAAGAUUGGGUAAUGAUGUUUUGUGGGCAGAAGAAACUGCAGUGGUCGAGUGAGAAACGCGAUCCAUUGGAGACUAGAAGAGGGACGGGAUAGAAGGGGUGGAGCAAAGGAGGUGUAGGAUUGAAGAGUGAUGUG